CGUCAAUUGAAUCGUCGAGGAGAACUCGCUUUGGGCUUGUUCAUGCAAAUGACAAAAAUUUGUACAAACAAUACAUACAUAUAUGAAUAUAUAUAUAUAUGCAUAUAGAGAAACAAAUUCCAAAAGAAGCAAAUGAUUGAACAAGUUUCUUGUGCGUAGCAAGCUUUCUAGAUGUGGUCCCGGUCCAGCUAGCUGACUGAAUAAAAAUGUUUAGUUUGUGCUUAGAACUUGAUGCGGCUAUUACUGAAAUGCGCUAGCUGAACUCGUGGUGAUCAUCAAACAAAAGAACGCGUUAAAUUAGAGUUAUUAACAAAAAAAAAAAAAGACUAAAUUAUGGCCAAGUCAAGGUCAUCUGAAGGGGCUGCCGCGGCUGCGCAGCAGCAUCAGGAGGAGGAGCCCAAAUUGAAUUAUUUUCAAAAACUUUGGCGCUAUCGCAAAUAUAUGGUUAUUGAACCGUUUUUCUUCUUCUACUUCAUGGCAUCUGUAUUUAAUUCGGUGGCCAUGGCCAAUUUCCCACUGGCUAAGGCUUGUCGUGUGAAUCUUGGCUAUAAUCAAAUCGUUUGUGACACUAUGCUGGAUAAAUCUGAGUUGGGCAUUGAUUGUGAUGAAAUGACUUUCGAAAAUACCACAACGGGAGCAAGUCUAGAUCAGGCAAACAUAAUGAUAUCCUCUCCGGGUUUUAAUUAUACCGUUUGCAAGGCAGAAUCCGAGGCUCAGUUUCUAGCCGCUGAUGUUUCGGGCAAACGUGCGCCAAUCGCUGCCAUAUUUCCGUUGCUUGUCCUACUAUUUGCUGGGGGAUGGGCCGAUCGCUAUAAUAAACGUAAACCCUGCAUGAUUGUACCCAUUGUGGGCGAGGCCUUGGGUUUUUUGUGUCAAUUUAUAUCGGCAAUAUUUUUUGACACCGUGCCCAUGGAAUUUGGAGCCUAUUGUGAAGCAAUUGUGCCAGCUCUCUUUGGUGGUCUUACCUUCUGUUUAAUGGCCAUUUACAGUUAUAUUACAAUUGCCACACCGGAGGAGGAUCGAAUUUUCCGUUUUGGCAUCUUUGCCAUGUUUGUUACUGGAGUUCCAUUCCUGGGACAACCGAUAAGUGGUCAACUCUUUACAUAUUUGGGCUAUUCAUUAUCAUUUGCCUCGGCUUUUGUUUUCCAGAUAAUAGCCAUAACCUACAUUAUAUUCUUUAUUCAUGAAAUUAAGCCGAAAACAGAAGCACCAGCACUGCCCACCACUCAGCCACCUAGUCAGAGCCAAGGAGCCGACAAUAUGGCCUACGAGACAACUAAUGUGGAUGAUCAGCUCCAGCAACAAGGCAAUAAGAAUGUUAACUUCCAAUUGAAUGCUCAAAUGGAAGCUCCAAAAGUGGAGGUUACACCGCCGAAGCGUUCCUUUUUUGCUGAACUCUUUGAUCUAACUCUAGUGAUGGAACUCAUCAAAUUCCCAUGGAUCAAGCGUCCAAAUAAAGGACGCCUGCUCUUGAUCCUAUUGAUUUUUGCCUAUUUUCUAACUGUCGGACCAGCUUCUGGUGAGAAUGACUACUGGUAUCGUUUCGUUCUAAAGAAACUUAAUUGGAAUGGCGACAAAUUCAGUAUCUAUCUGACGCUGUCCAGUGGUGCCGCUUUGGUGGGCACCUUUAUUGGUACUGCCAUAUUGAGUAAACUACUCAAAUUCGCCGAUUCCACAAUUGGUUUGCUCUCUGCCGUAGCAAUAGUGUGUUCCCGUGUCUUGUUUGCCUUUUCCACAGAUACGGCUUCAUUUUACGUGGGUGGUGUGGUCGAAAUGUUUGUUAGUUUACGUGUUAUUGCAAUUAAAACGAUCGGUUCCAGCAUAGUUGCCGGCGAUGAAUUAAGUAAAAUGUAUGCCAUCUUUGGCAUAAGUGAGCCCAUUGGACAAUUCAUCUUUCCAAUAUUCUACAGUGAGAUCUAUAAAAGCACUGUCGACACAUUUCCAGGAGCAUUUUUCUUGUUCAGUGAAAUUUUCUAUUUGCCAAAUGUGUUAGUUUUUAUCACUUGUUACAUCGUUCUACGACGUAUUAAAUCAAAGGAGACUUCCUUGGAAUUGGGACAGAAUGGUAACUCAAAUGGCCAUACAAAUCCGGAUAAUGAAAUUACUAGUCUGUAAUCUGAAUAACUCAAUAAGUAUAUAUGUAUAUAUUUGUAGUAAUUUUUAAUAUGUACAUACCUUACAUACCUCAAAUAUAUAUAGCUAGAAGCGCUUUGUAAUACAAACUA